GCCCAUCAUCACUGUCAAAAUUUUCCUCCUAGGCUUCCGGUCUUUUUAUUCCUCCGUGGCAUGGCGGAUGGUCUUUACCGCCGCUAAUAGUGUGUUUUAGGUGGAAAUUUCUCGCUAAUAUAGCGAAAUGAGUCUAUCAGUAGCCCGACCUUUAGUGUCGGUGUACUCCGAGAAGAGCGAGGUGGUCGCCGGGUCUGCCCUGCCUCUCCCGUUCGUGUUCAAGGCGCCCAUCCGCCCAGACAUUGUCAACGAUGUCCAUGUUUCUAUAUCCAAGAAUGCCCGGCAGCCAUACUGUGUGAGCAAAGAGGCUGGUCAUCAAACCAGCGCUGAGUCAUGGGGUACCGGCCGUGCCGUCGCCCGUAUCCCCCGUGUACGCGGUGGUGGUACCCACAGGUCCGGGCAGGGUGCUUUCGGCAACAUGUGCCGCGGCGGACGCAUGUUCGCGCCGACGAAGCCGUGGCGGCGCUGGCACCGCCGCGUCAACCUGCGCGUGCGCCGCGCCGCCGUCGCCGCCGCUGUCGCCGCCACUGGUGUGCCCGCGCUAGUACAAGCUAGAGGUCACGUGAUCGAGAAGGUGCCAGAACUGCCGCUGGUGGUGUCGGACAAGGUGCAGGAGAUCAACAAGACCAAGCAGGCUGUCAUCUUCCUCAGGCGCGUCAAGGCCUGGUCUGACGUCUUGAAGGUGUACAAGUCGCAGCGCCUGCGCGCAGGGAAGGGGAAGAUGCGCAAUCGCAGGCGUAUUCAGCGUAAGGGGCCUCUAAUUGUCUACGGCAAGGACCAGGGGCUGACGCGCGCCUUCCGCAACAUCCCGGGCGUGGAGCUGGCGAGCGUGGAGCGCCUCAGUCUGCUGAAGCUGGCGCCGGGCGGGCACGUGGGCCGCUUCAUCAUCUGGACGCACUCCGCCUUCGACAGGCUGGACUCCUUGUUCGGAUCAUGGAAGACGCCCUCGAAGGUAAAGAAGAACUUCAAUCUACCGCAGCCGAAGAUGGCCAACACGGACCUGAGCCGCCUGCUCAAGUCCGACGAGAUCAGGAAGGUCCUCAAGGCACCCAACAAACGAGUGGUCCGUGCCACAAGGAAACUCAACCCGUUGACCAACACCCGGGCCAUGUUGAGGCUGAACCCGUACUCUGCUGUGCUGAGGAGAAAAGCGGUGCUCGAUCAGAACAGGAUCAACAAUCAGAGGGCGCUGGCGUUGGCUGAGAAGCGUGGUAUUAAGCUGCCGGCCAGCCAUGCCGCGGUUAAGGCCGAGGCAUUAAGGGAAAAGAGACGUCAGGCGAUCAAAUUGGCGGCCUCCAAGAAACCCAAGAAGCCCGCGCCGAAGAAGACAGCACCCCCUCCCCCCAAGAAAAAGAGGGAGGCAGCGAAAACCAAGCCCAAGGCCAAACGCGCCGCUAAAAAGUGAUUCGACUAAUAAAGUUAUAUUAUAAAACUAA